GUCAAUGAUUUCGCACCGCAGCGACGGUGAUUAGAAGAAGAAGAAAAAGAAAAGGUGGUAAAAUCCGUGUCAGUGAAGGGCCAAGACAGCAAGUUAGACGCAAAUCAAGAAGAUAUACUAUCAUAAUGCUUCCCCUAUCUCUGCUGAAGACUGCUCAGAAUCAUCCAAUGCUGGUGGAGCUGAAGAAUGGAGAGACAUACAACGGUCACCUGGUCAGCUGUGACAACUGGAUGAACAUCAACCUGAGAGAAGUCAUCUGCACCUCGAGGGAUGGAGAUAAGUUCUGGAGGAUGCCUGAGUGCUACAUCCGAGGAAGCACCAUCAAGUAUCUGCGAAUCCCCGACGAGAUCAUUGACAUGGUGAAGGAGGAGGUGGUGUCGAAGGGCCGUGGGCGUGGAGGGCCCCAGCAGAACAAACAGCAGGGCAAAGGAAGAGGAGGAGCUGGCCGAGGCCUGUUUGGCGGUCGUGGCAGAGGAAUGACUGGCCCUGGUCGGGGCCAGCAGCAACAGCAGCAGCAGCAGCCGCAGUUGCAGCAGCAGGAUAAGAGACCGGGCAAACCACAGGGCAUGAAGAACCAGCACUGACAGACAACAUCACACUUUCAACAACACCUGUUAUUCAGAAUGAUUACUCCUUCAGUAGAUGGAGAUAAAAUUAACACUCUGGUGUUUCCUUCUGCUGUGAUGCUUGUUAAGACUGACCAUUGCAGAAAUCACACUGGGAGAAGUUAAGAGAAGCUGUGCAUUUGCACUGAAUUUUGUUUUUUAGCAUCUGUAAGUUCCUUUUUUUAUAUUAUGACCGUGUAACAGUGUAUCAGUCAGAGCUGGCAGACUCCUCGUUUAGUAUCAAUUUAUAAUAUGUAUCAUUACAACUUUACAAGAACAUUUUGCAUCAUAAAUCACACUGAAUUAUCCCAAAAACUGUUUUCUGUCAGUUGGUUUUUACACUUUUUUUUUUUUUCUCCUCCGGAUGGUUGUUUGCUCAUUGCCUUGUCUCCUCAGGUGUAGUUUUCAUGGUAAAGAAACUUCCCAGCCCCAACUUCAGUUGCAUGAAUUUUUUUUUUUAAACUUGCUCUUUAUUUCUGUGUUUGUGAUGUUCUGUGGUUUGCAAUGUUUUUGUUUGUCUGCUGUGCCACACAGUCCGAUCACCAUAGGUGGCCAGAAGACUGGCAGUCGGGGAACGAGGGUUCAGUCCUCCAAAAUUAACACGUUUGUUAAAGCAUUUGUAAGACAACACAUUAUAAUCAUUAGGAUUUCAAGAAGGAAAAAAAGAUUCUCAUAUUCUUAAGUCUUAAAUGGAUAAGUCCAACGUGUGUCAUUUCAGUUGGGUUUCAUUUUAUUUUUGUAACAAAAGACUAUGUUGUAAUUUAUUUACAUGAACGUGAGAAUAAAACAACUUUUGUGAAACUGUU